CUCCUCAGGCGCGGCGGCAGGAGGAGGGGGGGCGGCAGCUCCUCGGUGGCGGCCCAGACGGCCGCUCCGGCCCUCGCCCCGGCACCUCCCUCUUCCCCUCCCUCGCCCCCCGCUCCGUGUCCGCCCCGCCGGCCGCGGCGCGGAUGGCGGCGGCGGCCACGGCGACCGCCCCGGCUCUUUAUGCCUGCACGAAGUGCAACCAGCGCUACCCCUUCGAGGAGCUCUCCCAGGGCCAGCAGCUGUGCAAGGAGUGCCGGAUCGCCCACCCAAUCGUGAAAUGCACAUAUUGCCGGUCGGAGUUCCAGCAGGAGAGCAAAACUAAUACGAUAUGCAAGAAGUGUGCCCAAAACGUCAAGCAGUUUGGAACGCCCAAGCCUUGUCAGUAUUGUAACAUUAUUGCAGCAUUUAUUGGCACCAAAUGUCAGCGUUGCACCAACUCGGAGAAGAAGUACGGCCCGCCGCAGACGUGCGAACAGUGCAAGCAGCAGUGUGCUUUUGAUCGGAAGGAGGAGGGAAGAAGGAAGGUUGAUGGAAAGUUGUUGUGUUGGCUCUGCACACUGUCUUACAAGAGAGUGCUACAGAAGACAAAAGAGCAGAGGAAGAGCCUAGGAUCUUCGCAUUCUAACUCCUCAUCCUCGUCUCUUACUGAGAAAGACCAGCAUCACUCAAAACACCACCACCAUCACCACCACCACCACCAUCGUCACAGCAGCAGUCAUCAUAAAAUCAGCAGUCUGAGUCCAGAACAAGAUCAGGGACUAUGGAAACAGAGCCAUAAAUCCACUGCAGCUAUUCAGAAUGAAACUCCAAAGAAAAAACCCAAACUGGAAUCCAAGCCAUCAAAUGGAGAUAGUAGCUCUAUAAAUCAGUCAGCAGACAGUGGAGGAACUGACAACUUUGUCCUCAUAAGUCAGCUGAAAGAAGAAGUAAUGUCACUUAAACGUCUCCUGCAGCAAAGGGAUCAGACUAUUUUAGAGAAAGAUAAAAAGUUGACAGAACUGAAGGCAGACUUCCAGUACCAGGAGUCUAACUUGAGAACAAAGAUGAACAGUAUGGAGAAAGCUCAUAAGGAAACUGUGGAACAGUUGCAGGCCAAAAACAGAGAACUGCUCAAGCAGGUUGCAGCAUUGUCAAAGGGUAAAAAGUUUGAUAAAAGUGGGAGUAUACUGACAUCUCCUUGAGGAACUGGUUGUGGAUGAGGUUUGCUACUCAAUGCGAGCUUGAGUAAUUUCUGUGGAGCCCUUACAAUCCUGUGUAGUGGGAAAGAACUAUUUUUGCACACCAGAUUGGUUGGCAUGUUUCCUACAUGUUUUUUAUAAUUAAGAUGCAGCUUUUUUUUGUUGUUAGUUAACUGCUCAGAUGAAAAUCCUUCAACUGGCUUGAAGGCUGUUUUUAUUUUUUUGAUACUGGAAACUUUUUGCCAGCAAUAGUAUUAAAACAGUUGCAUAGAGAACAGCAUAGCAGCGUUCUCUCUAAAAGGACAACAUGCAAUAACAAGCUAGGUGUACUUUUUUUACCAGGCAGCCACCCAGUCUUUUAAACUUAACACUGAUGUCAGCCAGCAGUGUGUGGAUUUGCAGUGACACUAAA